AUGCCGUCGCCUCCAUCCGGCCACCGCCGUUGCCGUGGCCGUGGCCUUCUCUUCCUUGCCAUGGUGGCGAGCCUCUUCACCGUCGUACUUUCCACGAACAGCCAGUGGACCCUGUUUGACUGCCAACAGUCGACGGCGGCCUCUUCUUCCACCAACAGCGUGUUCUGGUCCAACGUCGUGGCGUUACUGGACGCGCUCCCGUCGGCCGCGGCGCCCACGGGCUUCGCCUCCCUGUCCCGAGGCAACGGCACUGACCGCGCCUUUGUCCGCGGAAUCUGCCGCGGCGACUCCACGGCAGCUCAGUGCGCCACGUACAUACAGAACGCCGCGCUCGGCAUCAGGAGCCGCUGCAACACCACCCGCCGCGCAGCCAUCUGGUACGACGACGGCUCCACUGUGGCAUAUCCGGCGCCGAUGUUCUGCUUCGUCAGCUACGCCGACACCAACACGUCGACGGCCUACGAGGACGCGUACUGGCAGGAGUUUCAGAACGGCGUUGUGGUCACCAACACGGUUGGCUUCGAGACUGCUUACAGCACGCUCAUGAGUAGCAUCUCCAGGCGCGUCGUCAACGGCUCCGGCAUGUCAUCGCCGGCAGUAGCACCGAUGUUCGCAACAGGGGCGGCAGUGUACGAUGCCACUGCGCCCAACGGCACCAUGUAUGGGCUCCUGCAGUGCAUGAGGGAUCGGACGGCGGCGGAGUGCGCCAAGUGCUUGAAUGACUCCGUGCAGCAGUUGCCGUCAUGCUGCCGUGGUCGGAGGGGCGGGGUUGUGCUCGGCUACAACUGCUACCUGCGCAUGGAGGUAUACCCCUACUAUGAUCUGGCCCUCGAUGGGCCAUCGAUCUUCGUCGGAGAAAGUCGGCCGGGAAAAAAGACGCAUGGCGCGAUUCUGCCGGUCGCGCUCGCGCUCGCUGUUGGAACGGUGCUUGCCGCAGUCACCAUCGUUGGUGUCUUCCUGUACAGGCGAAAGGCCAACCAGAAGCAAAACCCACAAGACAACAGUAGUAGCAAAGAAGAGGACAACGAAUAUUUUCAGUCCGAGCAGCUUAAUCUAGUUGUGGUGAGAGCUGCAACAAACAAUUUCUCAGAUGAAAACAAACUUGGAGAAGGAGGUUUUGGAGAAGUGUUCAAGGGUACACUACAAGACGGGAAAGAGAUAGCUGUCAAGAGGCUUUCGCAGAAUUCUUCACAGGGGUUCCACGAGCUUAAGAACGAGCUCGUGUUGGCUGCCAAGCUCAAGCACAGGAACCUGGUGGAGCUCCUGGGGGUCUGCCUGCAAGAUGAGAAGCUGAUCAUCUACGAGUACAUGCCCAACAGAAGCUUAGAUACCUUCCUUCUCGAUCCAGGAAGACGGCAGCAACUAGAAUGGAGCAAAAGGUUUGUCAUCAUCUGCGGUAUUGCACGGGGACUUCUCUAUCUUCACGAGGAGUCCCGCAUGAAGGUCAUCCACAGAGAUCUGAAGCCGAGCAAUGUGUUGCUUGAUGCGGAUAUGAACCCUAAAAUUUCAGACUUUGGCAUCGCCAGGGCUUUCCACGGAGACCAAUCUAGGGACAUAACAAGACGACCUGUCGGAACCCUCGGGUACAUGUCCCCAGAGUAUGCCUACUGGGGUCAUGUCUCCUCCAAGUCAGACAUGUUCAGCUUCGGUGUUAUAGUCCUGGAGAUGGUGACCGGCCGAAGGAAUAACAGCGCAUAUGACUCUGAAAUAGACUCCGUGUCUGUGCUGAGCCAUGUCUGGCACAAGUGGAGAACUGGUUCGACAUCAGAUGUGGUUGACCCAUUGCUGGCCGAGUCGGGGUACCCGGAAACUGAGGUCGUCAACUGCGUUGAGAUCGGGCUCCUAUGUGUCCAGGAGAACCCGUCCGAUCGGCCGGACGCCUCUGCUGUGGUGCUUAUGCUCAGCAGUCCAUCCUCCACUUCCGAUGACAGGCGAGCCCCGUCCAGGCCAGCCUUCGCCUUCAGCUCCGGCUUCACUGCUGCUGCCUCAGGUGGCCCAACAGCCGGUUCUUGGAGUUCGGACAGUGUGCUGAUUGGCGAUCAGCAGCGCUCAACGGCCGCGGUUUCGGAGAACGAGGUGUCCAUCUCAGAGCUUCAGCCGAGGUAG